AUGGCAGCUUUGCUGCUUGUGGGCGGGUGGUGGGUGGUGGGAGAGUGGGGCUCGGCUCAAGGAGUGGGCUACACCUCGGCGGUGGCGGCGUCUUCGGCGGUGGCGGCUGGGCGGAGGGCUUCUCUUGGCGCCAUCUAUGGCCGUGGACCGGAGCGAAAGGCUCCCGGCGCCGACAAUGGGUGCAGCCGCAAGUACCAGGCCAAGUUUGUGCAGGUUUCCGAUGAGCUCGCCGAGUACCGCGCGCGCGGCAUGGCCGAGACGCCGAACGGGCGCAUCGCCGCAGACAUCUUGUACGCCGGACUCGGUCUGGAGACGGCCCGCAAGCUGGCGCGCCUCGGCGGGACACGCCGCAAGGCCGAGUGUGUUAUGCACGCACCGGAUGGCCGCCAGACCCUCGACCGCACCAGCCUCACCACAGGCCCGGAGCUCUGCGUCGUCGUCCGCACGUACGAGCCGAAGCGUGGACAGAUCCCAGCGCUGCUGCACUCGCUCUUUGCCUCGCGCUACGCCAACAUGACCAUAUUUCUCGCCGAGGCCACUGUUCCCGGCCCGCUAGAGAAUCCGCAGUAUCUGGAUGAGCUUGCGGCCGAGGUCGACGACUGCAGGGUUGUGGUGGCACCAGCUAACAACGAUGUCUCGUUCGAGGCCUCGGGCUUUGCCUGCCUCGGAGCGUCACGGCGCGGGUACGGCUCGCCGGUCGGCUACCUGCGGACCGAGGCCGAGCUGGCGCGGGUACUGAACCUGCGCUCGCCGAUGUUACCGGGGCGUGCGGCGUGCGACUAUGUGCUCAUCACCAACGGCGACAACCUCUACUCGGCCGACUUUGUGCCGGCCAUUCUCCCGCAUCUCAACAGUGGCAUCGACUUUGUCCAUGUCGACUUUACCACCCAUCACGUCGGCCACAAGCUGCGGACGGACGGCGCCAUCGAUCUUGGUGCCGCUGUCAUCUCCACUCGCCUGCUCAAUCCGGACGAGCCCAACUUUGUCGUCGCUGACCUCAUCACCGAGCCCAAGGGCAUGUUUGACGCCGACUCGCGGCUCUUUGCCCGCCUGCUUGCCGAUCCCAAGGUCUCGGUCGCCUACAUUCCGGCGGUUCUCUUUACCCACCAGUGACUUCACGCGAGUCCACACAGGGCUAUGGAGUGGGUCAGCUUCCGCCCAGCGCUCGUCGGUAGAGCGCAGCCUGCUCGGCCUUGGCGCGGGCCUUGGCUUUGCG